GCCACAGGCAGUUUGCGGAUCGCUCCGGGGGCUGACAGGGUGGGCGGCAGUCUCCUGGAGGCUUUCAGCAUUUCCUGCACCAUCGUCGCCCAUCAGACCAUCAGCCUGUCGGCCUCCGCGACUCUCACCGUCGUGGCCCAGAAGAACAUCUCUUACGGACAGUAUCCGUUGUUGUUUCGCACAGAUGUGACGAAUCGGUACGACCCUGUCGUGAUGGGGGACUGGUCCUUUGACCAGUUGAACUGUGAUCCAUCGGACAUUACCACGGAGCUGAGACUCGGUCAGAGGGGACGGGUCCGAUGGCCCAAUCCCGACAAAGCUGCGUCCGCUGGAGGCGUCCUCGCAGAUGGCUUCGACAUGCGAGGGGCUAUCUGUCGCGUCCGGGGCACGGCGGGAACCCCGGUAGGACUUGCACAACUGGAUGAAGGCGCAGGUCAAUUCCCACCGCCAGUGGAGACUGUGAUUUCUUACUUCGUCGCUGUCCUGCCGAGUGUUUGGGAGAAUCUUCGCUACGAAAGAGCGAAGACCAUACUGGGCAGACUCCAGGUGACAGUCGGGCAGGUCGCUGCCACGAUCAACGUUGAGGUGCCUGACCAGGCCAUCCGGCUGCUGCCCCCAACAGCCUUCACUGGCAAGUGCUCCAGUGAUAAUGGAGGCAUCGUCACCUUGGACACAGUAACUGGCCAGGGAACCUACGAGGGCUUCCCGUUCUUCGACAUGGACCUGACCACUGGGUCUGUGCGGCUUGCCCCAUCGCAAGAGCUCGCUAGCCUGAUGCCUACAGAUGCAGGAGCUCGGGCGGAACUGACCCUUUCUUGCACGAUCUACGGCCUCUACCAGUUCCCACCCUUCGGGGAUGGGCCCGUGCUGCAGGAAGUAAUCUACUUGGGAGCAACGGACGACACAUGUUUCGUUCCCAAGACGGGAAACUAUUACUUUCUCGAGCUGCACUCACUGACAGUUUCUGGCCCGACUCAAUGUCGUACCGAAUGUCGAAAGGAUUCUACCUGCACUUACUAUUCUUUGCUCGGCGCUACAAGUUGCUACUUGUACAGGGGGCUUUGCCCAGAUGCCGGAACGCCAGGCUGUUUACAAGCGAGUGGAAACGUCUUCGCUCGAGUUCUUGGCUGUGCGGAGCGGGCUACAUGCAUCCAGCUGAGCCUGUCCAAACACUUCUUGUCCGGGCGCUACUGCUACUACGGUGAGAACAACUACCGGGGUGGUCUAGUCUUCCUGAAGGAGGGCAUCACCAGCUUUGAGAGCUUUUGGUUGCACCGCAAGAGUCGUGACUUCGAUGUGUGGGUUCUGCAGAAGCCUGCCCAAGGCGACUUCUACAAUGCCUCUGCUGCGUACAUGACUUUCUCUGGCGAGGAGAUGGCUACGAUCGACUCAG